UUUCCUCGAAGAGCGUGGAUCAUUGUCCUCAGUUUCGGACGGCACGUGUAUAGGAGGUGUCUGUUAUGUUAGUGUGUGCAUAGGUGUGUGUGUGUGUGUGUAUCUCCUGCUCUCUACAAUUUAGUCACCUCGAAUAUCGAAAACGCACAAGCAACGAUGGAAAGCCUGAGCUUCAUUUUGACCACACCUUCCAGCAGUAAUGGAAACACCCAAGUUGAUGAAAUGACAUCCAAGGACUACUAUUUUGACUCCUAUGCUCAUUUUGGUAUUCACGAGGAAAUGCUCAAAGAUGAAGUACGCACAUUGACUUAUCGUAACUCUAUGUACCAUAACAAACACCUCUUCAAAGGUAAAGUUGUGCUGGAUGUUGGAUGUGGUACUGGAAUCCUAAGUAUGUUUGCUGCUAAAGCUGGAGCCAGUAAAGUUAUUGGAAUUGAAUGUUCCAGUAUCAUUGAAUAUGGUCAGAAGAUUGUGGAAAACAACCAUCUUGAUAAUGUGGUGACCCUUGUCCGUGGAAAAGUUGAAGAGGUGGAGCUUCCUGAUGGCAUUGAAGGAGUCGAUAUCAUUAUUAGUGAAUGGAUGGGCUACUGUCUUUUUUACGAGUCUAUGCUUAAAACAGUUCUUUAUGCCAGAGACAAAUGGCUGAAACCUGGAGGUUUGAUCUUUCCUGACAGAGCAACACUUUACAUCUGUGCUAUUGAGGACAGACAGUACAAGGAUGAGAAAAUCAACUGGUGGGAAAAUGUUUAUGGGUUUGAUAUGAGUGUCAUCAGACAAGUGGCAAUUGCAGAACCUCUUGUGGAUGUUGUGGAUCCGAAACAGGUGGUCACAAAUUCAUGUUUAGUCAAGGAAGUUGACAUUUACACUGUGAAGGAAGAGGAUCUUACCUAUACAGCUCCGUUUCACUUACAAUGCCGGAGAAAUGACUAUAUUCAUGCCCUUGUAUGUUUCUUUAACAUUGAAUUCACCAAGUGUCAUAAACGUACUGGAUUUUCUACAGCUCCAGAAUCUAGGUAUACACAUUGGAAGCAGACCGUUUUCUACCUGGAUGAUUAUUUAACCGUGAAAAAGGCUGAGGAAAUAUUUGGCACAUUCACAAUGCAACCAAAUAAGAAGAACAGUCGGGACCUGGAUUUCACUGUUGAUAUUGACUUCAAGGGUGAACUUUCAGAGAUGUCGGAGUGUCUGCAUUACAAGAUGAGGUAGAUGAACAGCUAAGAGAAAGUGACUGACAAACAUAAGACACUGAUGAUGUCAUUGAUGCCAGCAAUCCACUCCCACCCCUCCUUUCUUCUCUCUGUCUCUCACACACCCUCCAAUUUCUAUCUUUGUGUUGUUCUUCCCAAGGAGGCAUGUGUGAGAAAUUCCCACAUUUAAACAACUUACAUUAUACAUUUGGUGGGAUCAACCCAAACACGAUGAAUUCAAUACACUUAAUAAUAAUAAUAAUAAUAAUAUUAAUAACAAUAACAAUAAUAACUGUAAACUGAUGAUGGGGUAGGUGGAAUUUAGCGCCAGCUUCCUAUUUCUUUCUGGUGCAAAGAUUUUUUCUUUUUUGGAUCAAUCUGAGGUGGGUCACAAGUUGCACUGAUGGUGGCAGCAAGAAAGCAGAAAAAUUGCAUCCCAGGCUUUUUAUUUUUUAUUAUUAUUGAUAUUAAUCUCUUAAUUUAAAAAAAAAAUUCUUUGGCUAUUUUCUAUUCUCUUCAAAGGAGGGAAAAAAAAAUGAAUUAAAAAAAAA